AAACAUUAAAGAUGGUGGAUUAGCCGGGAAAAUUUAAAAGUGAUGUAAUGUAGUUAAUGUGGUGGUCAAGGAAUAUAUUUUAAACGUCUAAUUAAUUCAGGUAUUAAAUAUUUUUCUAGUGACAUGCCUCCAAAACACAAUUUGAAGAAAUCAAGCCAGUCAUUAAUUUCAAGAGGAUUGCCUCCAAGUAAGAAGGUGUCACUGAAAGUGAAAAAUCAAAAUCCAAAGAAAAAGAAGGAAUGCAAUGACAGUGACAAGGUAGAUUCAGUUCAUCAUGGCUUAGAUAGAUGUGCUUCCUUACUUGCAGUAAUGCUGGAUCCAUCUCCCAAUGUACGAUGUAGUAAGAUCAAAGUGGCAGGUAAAGCGCAAGUUCCACAUGCAAAACAACAAGGUAAGAGAGAAAAAAGACUUGAUCACACCAAACCAGCCUAUAACAAACGGUUAAUCUCCUCCACGCCACUGUUAAAUGCGUCGAAUGGAGACAGCCAGUUUACUGCCACUGAAAAUGACACUGUGGAGGAGUUAAUACAAGAAAGGGAAAAGUUACAAAAAUAUUUACAAUCAAUAACGCAGGAUAAAAACAAAAUUAAGGAUACAUAUAGUACGCUACUUCAAGAACAUAAUCAACAGGCUAAAGACAGUGAACAGUCUGGCAGUAAAGAUGAUACUACGAGCAAUAACUUGCUACAGUCAGAAGGAUAUUUUAGCACGUCGAAACACUCUUCUCCCCAUUUUCAAGCACAAAAUAACGUAGUAGAGAAAUCUCCGAGACAACUUGUUAUCCAACCUUCCAACGGUCUAGACAGUGUGCCACCUGAUGCGAAUGAUAGAAGUAGAAAUAUAAAGAUGACUCCUACAUCCGAUAAUGAGACCAGCAUAAAAGAACUAACUAAUCUAAUGGCAAGUAUAGCGAAAAAGCUGACACUUCAAAAAGACAGACCUGCGAACCCUGAUCUGCAAGUCACUCCUAUACCUAGUAAAUCCACUGAAAAUGUGUUUCCGACAAGUUUCAAGAGUAAAAAUACUGAUACCAAGGUUGUACCAAGUCUUAACUAUCCACCCAACGAAAAUGAACAUGCGUGCGAGAGAAGUAACAAAGAAAACGUUGGAGGUGACACACCUGGAAUGAGGAUAGAAAACUUUACGGUUCGUGACGCCUCAUUAGAUGUUUCUGCUCCGGCUGCCGCUCAAUAUAAGCGAUGUGAUCACGAUAGUGAAGAGCAAAAAUCAGAGCAUGUGCUAAGCGAUCAACUUCCUCCAAAACGCGAGAAAACAGGAGUGACUGCGGGAACGGUACCUAAAGAAUUGGGGAUCGGCUCAGUUUCCAAUAAUAUCCACCUUACUACGUUGAAUUAUUUGCUAAAAGAACUAAACGCACUGCUUGGUGAAAAAAGAGAUUUAGAAGUGAACCGGUUAUUGACAGAAAUCGACCAUGCUGUUGGGAUGCUACCAUUCUCAAUGAAUAGUCUACCUAUUGAUGUGCAAACGGAAAUCAAUUUUGCUUUGCAACCAUUACGUGUCGAUAAUGCAGAUUUGAGAAGAAAACUUCGUUUGGCUAACCAAAAAAUCAAAGAGUUAAACGCACGUUUGAAUGAACAGCAACACGAUGAUAAAAAUGAACUGGUGAAGUAUGUUGAAGAGCUAACGCAUAAAUUGACGCUUGAAGAAAAUACAAAGAAAUUGCUAACCACUCAGAUUGCUGACGUGUGCAAGGUGAGCGAAGACUUACAAGUUGAAAAUCAAAAGAUACUUCAAUCAAUCUCGAGUAAGGAUCUGAAAUACUUAGAAGAUCAUCAACUUUGGUUAAAUGAGAAGUCUAGCCUCCAGCAAAAAAUACAACAAGAGCAAUCUCGAACUGAAGAAUUGCAUUUGAGCUUACAAACACAAGAGAAGGAACUAAACAUAUUGAAAUUAUCAGCAAAGCAAAAAGAUGCAGAAAUUGAUCGCUUAUCAAAUCUUAAUAGAGAUUUGCAGCAAUCUGUGGCGUCAUUAAUAGCAGACAUUGAAAUCGAAAGAAACGCAAAAGCUAAACGUUUACCGAGUAAAAGGAUUCUACCAAACGAUAAAGAAGACAUCGUAAAAUUAUUCGUGAGAAGUACGAACUAUAAAUAUGAUCAAAAACCAAGUUCGUCAAAUGAAACAUCUGAUGUGACUUUGGAAAACACGACAAAAACAAACUCGUUAUCCUCCACCACCUUUGCAACCAGUAAAUUCGAUUCAAUGUACAGUGGUACUGAAACUUUAUCAACUCUAGCGACAUAUGACAACUCGGACUUUCAAAGGGAUAUGGAGCAUUUAGAUGAAGAAAUCGAACGUAUACAGAAGUCCCUUAAGAAAGCUAAAAAUUCAAUUUGACUUUCUGUAACAAAUUACACCAUAAAUUUUAUUCAGUUUUAUUUGUUGAUCAGAUAACAUAUAGAUACAAAUGUUGCAA